AUGAUCUUCCAGCUCUUCGCCGCCAAUGUACCCGUCUCGGAGCGGUCUCGCGCCUUCGGCUACCUGAUAUCGGCGGGCACUGUCGGCCAGACGGUGGCCGCCCUCCUCACGCCGCACCUCUACUGGUCGCUGGCCUUCUACAAGUUCGGCGCGCUGGGCAUCGUCUGGACCUACUUCUGGUUCGCCUUCUACUACCGCGGCAGCGGCGGCGGCUUCACCGACGAGUCGCGCUCAAAGACGAUCAUCUCUCUGGAGGCGCCUAGCAUCAACGGCGGCGGAGAAUCGGAGGCACCCCUGAUCAUUGGAAGCAGCUUGAAGAGCUCCUCCUCUUCCUUUCCAGGCUCCGGCCGGUGGUACCGCUCCUGGUGGACGUACGCCGGCCUCUUCCUCACCGGCUGGCCGCUGUGGGCGAUCUACAUUGCCCACUUUGCCAUGAACUGGUCCAAUUACAUUAUCAUGCAGUGGUUUCCCUACUACCUCUCGCGGUACCUGGGCGCCGACUCUCGCAGCCUCUCCCUCACCGCCGUCCCUUACAUCGUCAACUCUAUAGCGGGCAUCGGAGCGGGCCACAUCGCCGACAGUCUGAUCACCGAGCGGAAGUGGCCCCUGCUGCGCGUCCGCCGGCUGAUGACCGCCGUCGGCCUGGCGGGCGCCGGCCUCUGCAUGCUCACCUUUGCCACGGUGCGCUCCCUCCUGCCCGCCGUCUCCAUCAUCGUCGCGGCGAUGGCCUUCUGCGCCCUCAACUCCGCCGGCCACCUGGCCAACCACUCCGACGUGGCGCCCGCCCACGCGGGCAUCACCUUCGCGGUGAGCAACACGCUGGCCACCAUCCCCGGCCUCCUCUGCGGCCCGCUCACCGCCGAGCUGGUCCUCCAGUCCUCGGGCCGCUUCGGGCCGGUCUUUGUGCUGGCGGCGGCGAUCAACGCCGUCGGCGCCGUCGUCUACGCCAGCCAGAGCUCGGCGACGCCCAUCUUCUGA